AUGACAAACCUCUUACCUUCAGACUGUAUACAUGCUGUAAUAAGUUUUCUUAGUGACAAUGACAAGGCUUCUUUACAUUCAUGUUUAUUAAUAAACAAAUUAUGGUGCCUUACUAUAGUAGAAAAAUUGUGGAGUAAACCUUUUCUUCUAACAAGAUUAGACAGAUCUGCAAAGUUAGUUGAAACAUAUUUAUCAUGUAUAAAUGAGGAGGAACUUAGUGUUAAGGAAGGAAAAUUUUUUAAAAAAUACAACAAGCAUUUCUUCAAGAAAAAAUCAGCUACUUUUAAUUAUCCUAAAUAUUUAAGAUCCCUCAACUACUUGGACAUUUACAACUCUGUUGAACAUUGGUCGAACGGUAGAUUCUCGGUUGAUGACUGGCUACUGGUUACAAAUGUCUUAUGUAAAUUAUUUAUGAAUAGAUCGUCUGCUUUUCUUAAUUUAUCAAUUGAAACAGGUCAGAUGAUACCUUUAGCACCAAUAUUUUGUCGCAAGGUUAACAACAACAGUCCGUUUUCGCUGAUUAGAGAAUUUUGCUGUUAUGGUAAAUUUCAAAAAGAUAAUAUUUAUAAAGAGAUGGCCAAAACUUGUCGUAGAAUCGAAGUACUAAUAGUCGAGGGUCCAGAUAUAGAUUAUGUAAAUAAUUCUGAUCAAGAAGAAAUAAAAGAACUGAUUACGUUGAUCACUAACCAAAAGGCAUUACGAAAGCUUGAAUUUCAUAAUUUUAAUGUGUAUGACAAUUCUAUUGUUUCUGCUUUAGGGAAACAUUCGCAAACUUUAACUUAUUUGGUUUUCCAUUAUGCUACGUUUAUAUCUGAUAAAAUGGAUGAGUUAGAAGGAAUAACAGAUUUGGAAAAUUUACAGCACUUGGCAUUUAAUGGCUGUGAAAAUGUGGAUGAAGAGUUAUUGGAACAGUUACAUGUCAAACAGCUUCCAAAACUAACAGAACUUGAUUUCAGGCAUACACGUCCACCACCUUCAUCCAUGAAUAUAUUGAUUGACAAGUACGGUCAGAUGUUAAAAAAAUUAUAUUUAGGAGCUUUACAAUGUGAUCAUACUCAAACAGAUUCUUGCUUACAAGUCGUCCGUAAUAUUACUGAAAAAUGCUCAAACAACUUGGAGGAAUUUUCGAUAACAUUUACAAAUCCUUUAUUAGAUUGUUUUCUUCGUUUAUUGGAAUCGUGUACAAGGCUCAAAAAAUUAAGUAUAACUGGAUCUUUUGAGUAUACUGACGAUUCGCUUUCACUUAUUGGAGCCAGCAUACCAGUUAGUCUAAAAUCUUUGAUAAUUAGCACAAAGUGGAGUAGUGAACUUGAAAAUUUGGAGAGGUUCUUCGCAAAAUGUGAAGCAGGAUUGGAAUAUUUGUUCAUUGAAAAAUUACCGUGUAUAAGUGACAAACAUAUCAACGUUGUAAUGAAGCGUCAGGGUAAUACGCUAAAGACGUUGAAAAUCCUGGCAUCUGAAAUAAAUAUUUCUGAUGGUGUGAUGAAACGAGCCAAAAAAAAGGUGGGAGUUGUCAACAUUAGAACCGAUAGCACUUUAUUGUAUGAAGAUUUUGAUAUUCUUUCAAAUCGUGAGUUGACAGGAAUACCAUGGAAGGAAAACUGGUACGAGUUUGUUGAUGUACCAGAUGAUGAAAUAUUCUUUGAUUAUAGUGACGACGAUUAUGAUUAUCAUUACGGUGAUGAGUACGAUUAUGGGUACGAUGAUGAAUAUGACUACGAUUAUGAUAAUAUUAUUGAUGAAAUUAUAGAUGAUGACGAAUUUUAUGAUGAUUUUGUUUUAAAAUGA